CGCGCGCGGCAGCCCAGUGGUAGCAGAGCGCUGAGCGGGGAGUGCGGGCCGGCAGCGGCUUAGGCAGGGAGGGCUGGAGCGCAGAGGGCCGGCGCGCAGCACGGCUGCCAUGGGCGUGCAGUGACCAGACGCUCAGCGCGAAUUCCUCAGUGGCGCGGCGCUCGCGCGGAGCUCCUUGGCUGGCUGUGCGUUUCCUUGGUCACCAUGAAAGACGACUUCGCAGAGGAGGAGGAGGUGCAGUCCUUCGGUUACAAGAGGUUUGGUAUUCAGGAAGGAACCCAAUGUACCAAAUGUAAAAAUAACUGGGCGCUGAAGUUUUCUAUCAUAUUAUUAUACAUUUUAUGUGCCUUGCUAACCAUCACAGUAGCCAUUUUGGGAUAUAAAGUUGUAGAGAAAAUGGACAAUGUCACAGGUGGCAUGGAGACGUCUCGCCAAACCUAUGACGACAAGCUCACUGCGGUGGAAAGUGACCUGAAAAAACUAGGAGACCAAACUGGGAAGAAAGCUCUAAGCACCAACUCAGAACUUUCCACCUUCAGAUCAGAUAUUCUGGCUCUUCGUCAACAGCUUCAUGAGAUUACAGAAAAAACCAGCAAGAACAAAGAUACGCUGGAGAAGCUACAGGCGAGCGGGGAUGCCCUGGUGGACAGGCAGAGUCAACUGAAAGAAACUUUGGAAAAUAAUUCUUUCCUUAUCACCACUGUAAACAAAACUCUCCAGGCAUAUAAUGGCUAUGUCACCAAUCUGCAACAAGAUACCAGCGUGCUCCAGGGCAAUCUGCAGAAUCAAAUGUAUUCUCAUAACGUGGUCAUGAUGAACCUCAACAACUUGAACCUGACCCAGGUGCAGCAGAGGAACCUCAUCAGUAAUCUGCAGCGGUCUGUGGAUGACACGAGCCAAGCUAUCCAGCGAAUCAAGAAUGACUUCCAAAAUCUGCAGCAGGUUUUCCUUCAAGCCAAGAAGGACACCGAUUGGCUGAAGGAGAAAGUACAAAGCCUGCAGACGUUGGCUGCCAACAACUCUGUCUUGGCCAAAGCCAACAACGACACCCUGGAGGAUAUGAACAGCCAGCUCAACUCAUUCACAGGUCAGAUGGACAACAUCACCACUAUCUCACAAGCCAACGAGCAGAACCUGAAAGACCUUCAGGACUUACAUAAGGACGCAGAAAAUAGAACAGCCAUCAAGUUCAGCCAACUGGAGGAACGCUUCCAGCUCUUUGAGACAGAUAUUGUGAACAUCAUUAGUAAUAUCAGCUACACGGCCCACCACCUGAGGACGCUGACCAGCAAUCUGAAUGAAGUCAGGACCACUUGCACCGAUACCCUAACCAAACACACGGAUGACUUGACCUCCUUGAAUAAUACACUGGCCAAUAUCCGUUUGGAUUCUGUUUCCCUCAGGAUGCAACAAGAUAUGAUGAGGUCAAGGUUAGAUACUGAAGUGGCCAACUUAUCGGUGAUUAUGGAAGAGAUGAAGCUGGUGGAUUCCAAGCAUGGUCAGCUCAUCAAGAAUUUUACAAUACUACAAGGUCCUCCUGGCCCCAGAGGUCCAAAAGGUGACCGAGGAUCUCAGGGACCCCCUGGUCCAACUGGCAACAAAGGACAGAAAGGAGAGAAGGGGGAGCCUGGUCCACCCGGCCCUGCAGGCGAGAGAGGCCCCAUAGGACCGGUUGGUCCCCCGGGAGAGCGUGGUGGCAAAGGCUCCAAAGGCUCACAGGGCCCCAAAGGCUCCCGUGGGUCCCCCGGGAAACCUGGACCUCAGGGACCCAGUGGGGACCCAGGCCCCCCAGGCCCACCAGGCAAGGACGGACUCCCUGGCCCCCAGGGCCCUCCUGGCUUCCAGGGCCUGCAGGGCACUGUGGGAGAACCUGGAGUGCCUGGACCCAGGGGACUGCCGGGAUUGCCAGGGGUGCCCGGCAUGCCAGGACCCAAGGGCCCUCCUGGCCCCCCAGGCCCAUCAGGAGCAGUGGCACCUCUGGCCCUGCAGAAUGAGCCAACCCUGGCACCAGAGGCCAACGGCUGUCCGCCUCACUGGAAAAACUUCACAGACAAAUGCUACUAUUUUUCGGUGGAGAAAGAAAUUUUUGAGGAUGCCAAACUUUUCUGUGAAGACAAGUCUUCACAUCUCGUUUUCAUAAACACAAGAGAGGAGCAGCAAUGGAUAAAAAAGCAGAUUGUGGGGAGAGACAGCCACUGGAUCGGCCUCACAGACUCUGAACAGGAAAAUGAAUGGAAAUGGCUGGAUGGGAAGCCUCUGGACUACAAAAAUUGGAAAGCUGGACAGCCAGAUAACUGGGGUCAUGGCCAUGGGCCAGGAGAAGACUGUGCCGGGUUGAUUUAUGCUGGACAGUGGAAUGAUUUCCAGUGUGAAGACAUCAAUAACUUCAUUUGCGAGAAAGACAGGGAGACAGUACUAUCAUCCGCAUUAUAAUGGACUGUGAUGUAAUAACAUGAACACAUUUCCAGACAGUUUCUCAAAGGCAAAGGAUGCUCCUUUCUGAUUUCAUCACCUUCUCACCAAGUUGGGGAAGAGAAGCACUGAAAGCUAAGUACUGAAGAAAAUUGACAACUAGUGUUUGCCAUUACCCAAGGACUUGGGUACAAAAAUGUUCCCCCAGUAUGAGAUGUCAAUUUUCAGUGUGCAGAUGGACUGAAUUACACAGAUUUUUCUCAGCCAAUAACCAUACAUUUAUACAAAUGUUACCUUCCAACAUGGAAUGUUCCAAUCAGAAAGACCAUCAUUGGUUGCCAAGCUACGGGAAGAACUUAAACUUACACUGUGUGAACAGUACCUUACAUUUCUAAAAUCCCAAAUGUAGGAAAAAUACACAGACAUACAGAUAUAUAGACCAACUCUUAGUAAUAAUAUGAAAUAUACUUAAAGAGCUUUUAAAACUUUGUAUUUUUGUACAAAAUAUUUUGCCUUUUACAAUUAUUUUCCCUUUUAUUGGCAUUUUACCAAUAUAAUACAUGGAGCCAAAGAAAACAAUAAUGGUACUAAUAAAACAUCCUAGUUUUUUUGUCAGAUUUAAUUCUA